AUGGCGUAACAUACGCGCUGACGAACGAUAGGUCCGCAAGUAUGUGCAGAAAUGCGAGCUAACGUGGGACAACGCUUAAAAAAUAUAUACUUUAUUUCUUUGAUCAAUCUCAAUUGAGCGUCGUUGUUUUUUGUUGUUUAUUUGUUUUUCAAUGCAUCUUCACUCCACCAUGGCUUUUGAUUGAGGCGGAGUUUUGAUAGCCAGUGAAUUUAUAGUGACGUCGUGGAUUGGAUUGGGAUGCGGAAGCUAGCCGGACAGCUACAAGAGAACGCCGUGACUUUGUGUUUUUAAUCUCUGCUAAGUAAGAUGACCGGACGUAUUUUACAAUAUUAAACUUUUUGCACCCAAGCCAUCUAAAAAUGCAACCGUGCGACGCACACGCCCCGGACAUGUCAGCUGUUCAAGACAUGUCUGGUUUGUUUGCAUAUUUGUUCAACACAGUCCAACACCCUUCUUCUCUGAAGCCAAGACACCUUUCGCCGCAAAGCCUUGCACGCCGGCUUUACAUACUUACACCUAGUCUAACUUAAAAGAGACUAGUUGUGGAUACCGCUUGAGUUAAGAAACAGACUACACACUGACAAGGUGCACCCUGCAGCUCCAAUUUAUUGUAAAGUCCAUGGAGAAAUAAGCUAUGGGUGGCUCGGUGUCCUGCUGCAUCUCUCCAAGAGAGAGUCCGAAGAACCACAGGAUAGAGCUGGAGCUGGAGGAAUGUCCUUUCACUGCAGAGGAUGUGAGUGAAGACACUGGAACCUACCUGCAACACAUCAGUGACAGAGAGCUCCCUGACGGUGAGAGAAAUGCACCGUCCUCUGGACUAUACAGAAUUGAUUUGGAUCAACUUGACUCACUUUCAGAACUGGCACAUGAGGCAAACCCGUCGGACCACCCGAGAGCCACCACCCUGUUCCUGAACAAGUCUCAGACGGAUGUGCGAGAGAAAAGGAAAAGCAACUACAUGAACAAUGUGUCUCCUGGCCUUGUGAUGAGGAAGUACAGCUCCUGCUCUACAAUCUUCCUCGAUGACAGCACAGUCAGCCAGCCGAACCUCAAGAACACCAUCAAAUGUGUGGCCUUGGCUAUUUACUAUCACAUCAAAAACAGGGAUUCCAGCCGCACACUGGACAUAUUUGAUGAGAAGAAACACCCGCUGUCGCGGCAAAAAGUUGCCGACGACUACUUUGCAGUGAACCCCGAGCACAAGCUCAUCUACCGCUUCAUCCGCACGCUCUUCAGCUCUGCCCAGCUGACCGCCGAGUGCGCCAUUGUGACACUGGUGUACUUGGAGCGGCUGCUAACUUACGCAGAGCUGGACAUCUGUCCUUCCAACUGGAAGCGUCUUGUUUUAGGUGCCAUCCUGCUGGCCUCCAAAGUCUGGGACGACCAGGCGGUUUGGAAUGUGGACUACUGCCAGAUCCUCAAAGACAUCGCUGUGGAGGACAUGAAUGAGAUGGAGCGUCACUUCCUUGAGUUGCUCCAGUUCAACAUCAACGUUCCGGGCAGUGUCUACGCUAAAUACUACUUUGACUUGCGCUCGCUCGCCGAUGACAACAACUUCGGUUUCCUCUUGGAGCCGCUCAGCAACAAGCGGGCUCAAAAGUUGGAGGCCAUCUCAAGGCUAUGUGAGGACCGCUACAAGAACCUGAGCAAAACCUGUUUGCGGAAGUCCCUCAGUGCAGACAACUUGGGUGCUGUCAAGAGCACAAAGGCGAUAUUGUCUUAAUUUGGAACCCGGGCUACCAUCCGAAACUGGAACUCUUAAGUUUGAAAUGAAAAUACUUUGCAGAUGGACAUUUCAAAGUGUCUCCACAAACUUUUGGAUGCGACCCUGUGGUGUUGUUCCUCGCACGGAGACCAAAUUAGAUUUUGCUUUGCUUACUAUGUAGGCUAUUUCUGCUGAAAUGGAAGAGAUUUUAUUCAACUAAAAUAAAAUCAAGUACUCUA